UUCUAAAUGAUAGGACGCACUUUCCCCACUAUUCGCCUGAUAAGAUAAUCAAAUUAGCUAAUCAACCAGACCAGCUGUGGCCCAAUUAACAGAAAUCAGAGCCAUAUAGUCGCAGUAGUCAGCAACAAGAUGCGACGUCCGUUGUCACCGACGCUAGCAAAGCUGGCCGAGCAGGAGCUGAACGAAACACCCGAUAGGAUACAGCAGGACAUCAUCAUCUUACGCGUCUGGAUACGCCAGCAGCCACAUUUGAGGGCGCGCACCGAGGACGACUUUCUGAUUGCAUUUCUGCGUCGCUGUCGCUAUAGCUUGGAGGAGACCAAGCGGCGUCUGGACCGUUACUUCUCCUACUAUAACCUUUUUCCGGAAAUUAUGAGCAAUCGAUACAUCACACAGCGACUACUGGAUAUCAACAGAUUGGGGAUGUUCAUCUAUCCGGACCUGCCCAAGUGCGAUAACCGCACGGCUCUGUUCAUAGCACGCUUCGGCAAGCUGGAUCCCAAUCAGUACAGUUUGCGCGAGAUUUACCAUUUCACGUCCAUGGCCAUGGAAAUCGUUGCUUUGGAGAAUGAUUAUGCGUCUGUGGCGGGAAUCUGUGAGAUUAUUGACUUGGAGGGCGUCAGUUCGGAUAAGAUGCGUCGCUUCGAUAAGCAAUUCUUUCGCAGGUGGUGGAACUGGCUGCAUGACUGCAGUCCGCUGCGAAUUAAGGAAGUGUACGUGAUCAACAUGCCCAAGGACAUCCAAGGCAGCAUUAUGUAUCUCUACAAUAUGCUCAGCCUGCAAGUCAACUAUCCGAUACGCGUGCUGAAAAACGCCGAGGAGCUGUUCGACCACAUCGGCAAAGGCUCCCUGCCCGAGGAAUAUGGCGGCACCAAUGGCCACAUGAACGAGAGUGUCGCCUAUAUGGAGGAUUUGCUCAACAGCUAUCGGGGCUACUUUGAGCAGGAGUUCAAGUAUGGCACCAUCGAGGAGCUGCGGCCGGGCGAGGUGGCCACGUACGAGGCAGAGUUUGGCGUCAAUGGCUCCUUUCGCAGGCUUAACUGGGAUUGACAGCGAGCUGGCCAAGGCCAACCUUAUUCAUAGCUCUCUGCCAUAGUUUAUCAAUUAAAAUUGUGUACACCAAAAGAUAAACAAUAAAUUGCAUAAUGCGCACUA